UCCAUCGAAAUCAAAUCAAAUCAAAGCGUCUGAAUGGGAACUUUCCUACGUUUGCCUUUCUCUUCUUUUCACAAUUCUUGUCUUUGACAUUUUUACACACUCACUCACAAGCACAAGCCCUCUACUUUUCCACACUUGUUUUCUUUGUUUUCUCUUAUUCUCCGUAGCCAACCAUGGAAAAUUUCAUCUCCUCCUCAUCUUCUCCCUUACCUCUAACUAUGUCACACAUUUCAACUCCGUCAUCUUCCGCGGCUUUCGACGACGCUUCCGAGGAUGCCUGCAGCAUAUGUCUUGAGCCCUUCGGCACCGAUGACCCCGCCACCAUUACCAGUUGCAAACAUGAAUAUCAUCUGCAUUGUAUUCUUGAAUGGUCACAGAGAAGCAAAGAAUGCCCUAUAUGUUGGCAGUUACUUAUCUUGAAAGACCCUGCCAGCCAAGAGCUUCUAACUGCAGUUGAGGCUGAAAAAUGCUUAAGUUCAAGGACUGUGCAUUCACACGCAUUCGACAAUUCUCGUAGCCCCCUUGAACGGCUUAACAAUGACCAUCAGGAUGAUUCUUGUUCAGAUGACUCUGAUUUUGAUGAACAACUUAUGCAGCACAUAGUUGCUGCUGCAAGUAGAGCUCGUUAUAUCUGCAGAAGGGAAAGGCAGAGAUCCCCUGGAGCAGGUCCUUCCGAGGUUCUAGUUUUUAACACUUCUAUGCAUGCCUCAGGGAUGCAACCAACACUUACAACUUCACCUUCUGGGGGUACUUCACCAACUUUUGGUGUACCAUCUGCUGCUCACAAUCAACCUCCAACAUCUGCUUUUUCCUCUGUCGGAAUGGUUGCAACAGAUACUUCUUCUGAGAGUGAUAUGCCUUCCAAACCCAGAGUUGUCUAUAGCCAGCCAUCACCUGAGAGUGCUAGGAAACUAAACACUUCUGAGAUGUUCUCCUUCCCUGAGUCCAUCAAAUCCAAACUUUCUGCUGCUUCAGCCAGAUGUAAGGAAUCAAUUUCAAAAAAUACUCGUGGUCUUAAAGAGAAGUUAAUUGCACGUAAUGCCUCAGUGAAAGAGCUGAGUAAAGGUGUUCAGCGUGAGAUGAAUGCAGGCAUUGCUGGUGUUGCACGAAUGAUUGAACGCCUUGAUCUUAAACGGCCCUCAUCUCCUCUCAUCCCUGUAAAAGGGAAGUCUGUCCAAGAGAAUAAUAAUAAUGUUAUUGAGCAGUUAAAUAGUGAAGAGAGUGGAGCUUUAGUUGGCGAUGUUACCUCAAAUGCCUCCUCACUUGUUGGAGUGGAAAUUCCUCCAUCUGUUUAGAGUGGACAUGGUGCUGUGAGGACUUAGCUCGAAUGGUGAAUCCGGGAAAGAGGCCUGCAAUGCAAGAGACGACUUGAUAACCAAUGUGCCAGUUGGUAUGCGUCCUGCAUUUGGUCAAUAAGUUGUAGGAAUUCUAAUUAUUAUAUUAGUUUGCUUUGAGAUAGUCUAUCUAUUGGAUAUAUUUUAGACUGCAUUUGUUCUUUUCAUGUUUGUCGUUUUUUUAAUUCCCUCUUCAUAUUCUAAUACAUGAAUCCAUUUUAAUAAUAUAUAAUAUAGAUGUUCUUUGUUUUACGGCUCUAA